AUGUCAUCCCAACGAGUCAUCCUCGUAACAGGCGCAUCAGCCGGAAUAGGUCGAUCAACCUCUAUCCACUUAUCAAACAUCUUCCCAUCGGAUUCCCACCCAGAACAACUGGUAUUAAUACUGGUAGGAAGAAGACAAUCCGAGUUGGAAGCGACAGGUAAACUAUUAAGACCCGGUACGAUAGUCGAGAUCGCUGCUGGAGAUGCGACAAAUGAGGAAUUUGUAAACGCUUUGGAAAAGACUAUUAAAGAGAAGUAUGGAAGGUUGGAUCUGAUAUUCAACAAUGCCGGUGUCAACUACAAAUCAGAUGGAGAAUUCGAAGAUCAAGAUAUGAGCUUGUUCAGACAAGUGUUGGAUAUUAAUAUCAUGUCGGCUGUCUUGUUCACCAAGCUCGCGUUCAACAUCAUGAAAUCGCAGUCACCCCAAGGUGGACGAAUCAUCAACAACGGUAGUAUCUCAGCCACGGCUCCUAGACCUAAUAACACCUCCUACACCAUCUCCAAACACGCUAUAACCGGUUUGACCCGUUCCACAUCGUUGGACGGACGUAAAUACAACAUCACCUGUUCGCAGAUAGAUAUCGGAAACGCCUCUACCGCUAUGGGAUCUUACGUUUCAGCAGGAUCAUUACAGGCCGACGGGUCGAUAAAGAAAGAACCCAUGAUGAGUGUCGAAAAUGUAGCUAAGACCGUUGGGUUUAUCGCUGGUUUAGGAAAGGAAGUUGACAUUCUCAGUCUGGAGAUUAUUGCUUCGGGUAUGCCAUUCGUUGGACGAGGUUAG